UUUUUUUUUUUCCUUUUGGUUUUAAAUUUCUUUGUUGUUUCUUAAGAAACAUUUUUCAUAUGCUUUUGCAUGCUUCAAACUCAUGCAUGCAUGCUUGUAUACAUCACACAAAGUUUUGUUCUUUCUAUCAAGAUUCAGAUUUGAAGCUUGACUUCAACUCCAUAUGCUGAUUUAGUUUAGAUGUCAUUAAAUCAAUAAGAUGAAAGGAUUGCUAAAAGGUUUUAGAUACAUUACUCAAUUAUUUGAAAGUGACAAAGAGCCAGAAAUGCAGAUUGGUAUGCCAACAGACGUAAAGCAUGUGGCUCAUAUAGGAUGGGAUGGUCCAUCAGCUGUAAAUUCUACACCCAGCUGGAUGAAUGAGUUCAAAACACCAGCAGGAGGGCUUCAAUCAACACCUUUAGCUGAAGCAGGACAAGAGAGGUUGAGCCGAAAAGGUUCGAGGGCUCAAAGUUCUUCAACAAGAGACAUGCCCGACCUGCCUAAAUCAUCAAAGCGCACUUCAUCCACUAAAGAAAAUGCUUCUUCAACAAAGCAAUCGAAGAAGCCUUCCAAGUCGACUAGAAAACCCAAGGAUGCAAACCAAACAACCGAGACAACCACAAAAGACCCAAAGAAAAGUAGGCGAAAGAAGGUGAAAGACAUGGGUGGUGAAGGAAGCUCCAGGCGGUCCAGAACCACCCAGGAGUCAGAUACUCUGUCCGAGGCAGGGUCCCUAAUCAGUUGUGAUUCAGAGUUUGUAGAAGGGGAGGCUAAUUGAAAUGGAGAAAUUCCUGAUUUUCUUUUUAUCUGUAUGUAAACAUAUUGGUUGCUAGACCAUCUUUUUGCUUUAGUGGAAAUCAAGAAGAGUGUCAUGAAACUAGUAGGCAAGAAGGAAACAACAAA